UGGUAGAAAUGAUUACAAGUAGUCAUCACAUGUUUCUAUAGAUCACAGGACAGGACUUCACUGAUCUCAUAGGGCUCAGAUGGUUCCAUUCAUCCAUGCAGUAGUUUAUAGGGAUUUUGGAGGUAGAGUUUGGAGUAGUGGACACCGAUAAUUGUAUGUCUGGCCCACAUCUUGUAAGAGACACAGGGGAGACUUGAGCCCAAGGAGAAGUAGUUCCUGCCAAGCAAUCAUUAAUGGUCCCAUGGACUAGGAGGGGGCUGGAAAGGUAGCUUUUGCAGUGCUGAACACUUUCUGCUGGUCCUUGCUUGAAGAUGCCUUUAUUGAGAGUGACUAACAUUUAUCUUAUUUAUUUAAUUGCGCAAUUGAAGAUUAAGGGCCUUGCUCAAGGGCAGCUUGGUGGUGCAGGGAUUUGAACUCACAACCUUCUGAUCAGUAGUCCAGCAUCUUAUUUUACUUCACACACAGAAGACCAGAAAAGUCCUCUUGUAUGUAUCCAUGAAAUGUGAGUCAACAUGGAUACGUUAACAGGAUGAGAAGAAAAGUCAAGACUAAAGAAUAAGGUGGUAAGCUGCAUGGGCAGAAGGAUGGGUGGGACCUUUCCAGUUCCUAAAAGGACUUUGUUCCCAGCAUGCAAAUGAAGAAUAGAAAGUAGUUCCAGUAAGGGAAACCUAAACUGCUGAGUCAGUUUUUAGUAUACAGACUUUCAUGCCACACUGGAACAACCUUUUUUGAGAAGUAGAUCUUUGUCUUCAAUCAGCUGUGAAGUGUUGCUCUUGUUUGGUUGGAAUGAAAACCACCAUCCACACCAGCCCUUUUGCAGAUGAGAUUAGACAACCCCGGGAUAUAUUUGAUCAGACAGAGGAGCUCAACCAGGAGUUCACCGCUCCCAAACGGAGACGCACAUUUGCACAGUUCAGCCAAGCGGAAGCUGGCUGAGGACAAAGGCUACAUUUUCGACAAGAGGCUGAGGUACAACGUCCGGCAGAGCGAGACAAAUUACAGAUUCAGGGACAUUGUAGUGAGGAAGGAAGAAGGUUUCACACACGUCCUGCUGUCCAGCCAAACAUCAGACAACAAUGCACUAACACCCGAGAUCAUGAAGGAGGUGUGUCGAGCUCUGGGCGCGGCGGCGGUGGACGACAGUAAGCUGCUGUUGCUCAGCGCAGUGGGCAGCAUCUUCUGCAGCGGCCUGGACGCCUCGUACCUGAUCGGCCGCCUCUCCACCGACCGCAGGAAAGAGAGCAGCAGAAUCGCCGAGGCUGUGAGGGAUUUUGUAAAAGCCUUCAUCCACUUUAAGAAGCCCAUUGUGGUGGCCAUCAACGGUCCUGCUCUGGGUUUGGGCGCCUCCAUCCUUCCUCUGUGUGACAUCGUGUGGGCCAGUGAGCGGGCCUGGUUCCAAACCCCGUGUGCUGCACUGCGCCUUACACCCUCCGGCUGCUCCUCAUACACUUUCCCUCAGAUCCUCGGAGUGGCUCUUGCCAAUGAGAUGCUGUUCUGUGGGAGGAAGCUGACGGCGCAGGAGGCGUGUAGUCGAGGUUUGGUCUCGCAAGUGUUUUGGCCGACCACCUUUAACCAGGAAGUCCUGCUGCGUGUGAAAGAGAUGGCGACCUGCAGCGCUGUGGUCCUGGAGGAGUCUAAGUGCAUGGUGCGCAGCAUCCUGAAGUCCAUGCUGGAGGAGGUGAACGAGAAGGAGUGCCAGAUGCUCAAACAGCUGUGGUGCUCCACCAAGGGUCUGGAGGCUCUUUUCGCCUACUUACAGAGUAAAGGUUACAACGGCUAAACGUCUCGCGUCGUGAGCGGGACCGCAGCACCACCGCAGCACCACCGCACCCACCUAGAGCAGACGAUGAUGUCAUGUACUUUGAAUGAAAUGAAUAUAAGCCAAGAAUUCACGUUUAUUAAUAUUAUUAUUCUAAUUAUAAUUAUUUAUAAUCCCGACUGUAUCAGAGGGGUUCGGUUUUUCCGAGGAUGCUUCCAGACCAGCAUUCGAAACACUGAUAAUUCUAUCACGUAAUGAAAUGCCUUUAACGUUGUCGUUCUUUAUUUAUUUAAAACCCAAGCCAUUUUGCAUACAAGUGCAAACAAAUAAUUCAAUAAUCCUGUGUAGAUGUACAGUGUAGAUAAUUGUGGUUGUUUAAUUUAAUUUAUUGUCACUCUCAUGUCUAAUGGGGUGAAUUUCAUACCAAAGGGAAAUUAUACUAAUUAUUAUAAUUAUUCGUUUUUUUUAACCUUAAACACAUUCCUGUCGUACCCCAUCGUCGUUGUGAUAUGCGCCAUGGCGACCAUGCAGUAGUGAUGGGUGUGUGAUGAAGUGUAGAUGGACUACCAUCUUUCGUUUUUUUUUUUUAAAUUUUUUUUUUAUGUUUUUAUUAUCAAGUUUGUCACAAAUCCGUCGUCCUUUUGUUAGACGUCAAUUACCGUCUCUGUCGUCAGCCCUGAAUGUGAUGAUCGACUCUCUUCCUGUUUGAUUAGAAGGAUGAAAUUAUUCUUUUAAGAACAGUAGGUGCUUCAAACAAAAAGCAUAAAAAUAACAUUUACAGAUAUCUCAUGCAUUGUUCAUCCCUGAUUCAUAAGUCUAUGCAAAUCCAAUGACAGGACAUUAUUUUUUUUUUUGUUCUUGUUGUUGUUUUUUUCCCCCUAUAUUUUAUCCCAAUUGCAAUUCUCAGCAAUGCAUCACUUACUGAAGGAGAUUGAAGUUCAUAAUGAAGUGACGUUGUAUUGUGACAGUCUUUAAGAUAAUGAGAUAAAGAAAAAGGAGAAAAUGAUGCUGAAUUGUAACAUCUGUGCUGCUGAUAGUCUUUCUGCUCUGCUCUAAACUGUGUAUUUUUCUUCAUAACAGUUUUAUCUUUUUGUUUCCUGAACAUUCAGUAAAUGAGUAGAUGUGUGUAUGUUCAACUAUUGUGAAGAGCUCAUAGGAAGUUCUCAAAUAAUUCAGAUUUUUUUUUUCAUAUUGGCCUUGGGCAAAAUCAUAAAUCAGGAUUUGAUUUCUAUUAAAGAAUUUCUUUUUUUGCAUUAGCAUAAAACCAAGCAUGCAAAAUCAGUGAAUCAUAUUUCACCCAGGUUAUUUCACUUAGGCCAACAAAAUCAUUUAUUUCCAUAAACACUCACUUGAAUCAAACCAGUUCUGCAAACACCCACCUUUCCCACCUGUUUCUCACCGAUUACAGCCACGCCCCAGAGUACGGUGUAGGGCUGUGAUUGGACAGCGAUUGCAUUUCAGUGUGGAAUUACUGCAGCGUAGUAGAAAGUGAACACUGAAUUACGUUGACUUUUGACACAAAAUCAGCGUUUAAUUCUUUACAGAGAAAUCCCUUUUCAUGGACAUGAUGAAGUGCGAUGAAGGUUUUGGUCUUCCCGUGUAGCACGUCGUCCUCACAUCGCAAAAUGAAUUGAUGUUUCUUGGUACGGAAACCUCUCUCUCUAAAGAGUUAACCCUUUGAGAUUUUAGAAUUCUAGACUGAUUUUGAUAAACAGUCAAAAAAAUCAUGCUAACAUUUUCUUCAACACAAACUCAGCUAUAAAUUUAAUUUUUCUUCUAAACAGUAAAAUGAAGUACUAUUAGGCUGCUUAGUUUUUUUUUUUUUUUUUUUUUUUGUAGCUGUUAAACUGACACAAACUGAUCUGAAGAACAGAGCUGUAACGCUGCAGUAGCGCCAUUUGUUCCGGAGAUUUGGACUGACGAACAAAAAAUGAAAAUAAACGCUAAAUGCGACACUCAAAAUUUUAACCCUUGUGUUCUGUUUGCUAUUUAGCAUGGAUGUACUGUUCAUGAGUCACACUGACACACAAUGAAAUAACAGUAAAGACACAUAAAAUGACUUCUACAGCAGUUGUGUAUUCAGGUACAGUCCCCUGCGAAAGUAUUGGAACGGUAAGGCCAGUUCUUCUGUUUUUGUUAUACACUGAAGACAUUGUAGUUUGAGAUCAAAAGAUGAAUAUGAGACGAUAGAGCAGACUUUCAGCUUUCAUUUCCUGAUAUUUACAUCUAGAUAUGUUAAACAGCUCAGAACAUGGCACCUUUGGUGGCAGACCAAGCAAUUUUUAGGUGAGCAAAAAUAUUGGAACAGAUAGUCUUAAAGUAAAUAACACUUAAUAUUUGGUUGCAUAUCCCUUGCUUGCAAUAACUGCGUCAACCUGGCGACCUACUGACAUCACCGAAGUGUUGCGUUCUUCUUUUGUGAUGCUUUUCCAGGCUUGUAGCACAGCUGGAGGUGAAAUGCUGGAGGUGAAAUGCUUGCUUGAUUGCGUUAAUGUCUGGUGAUUGAUUUGGACAGUCUAAAUCCUUCCACUUUUUCCCCUGAUGAAGUCCUUUGUUGUGUUGGCAGUGUGUUUUGGCUCAUUGCUGCAUGAUGAAGUUCCACCCAAUUAGAUUGGAUGUAUUUCUCUAUAAACUGGCAGACAGAAUGUUUCUGUAGACGUCUGAAUUCAUUCUGCUGCUACCAUCAUGAGUUACAUCAUCAAUAAAGAUGAGUGAGCCUGUUCCAGAAGCAGCCAUGCAAGCCCAAGCCAUGACACUACCUCCACCGUGCUUGACUGAUGAGCUCGUAUGUUUGGAUCAUAAACAGAUCCUUUCUUUCUCCACACUUUGGCUUUUCCAUCACUAUGGUAGAGAUUAAUCUUGGUUCCAGAACUUUUGUGGCUCAUCUCAUAUCUUUUGUGGCUCUUUUUUUUUUUUUUUUUUUUUUGGUGAAUUCCUUCAGAUUCUUACUGCUGAUGAGUGGUUUGCAUCUUGUGGUAAGGCCACUCUAUAUUUCUGCUCUCGAAGUCUUCUGCAAACUGUGGAUUGUGAUACCUUCACCCCUGUCCUGUGCAGGUUGUUGGUGAUGUCUCUGAAUGUUGUUUUUUUUUUGUUUUGUUUUCCUUCACAGCUCUCAAUGUUUCUGUCAUCAACUGCUCUUAUUGUUCUUGGCCGACCUGUUCGAUAUCUGGUUGUUAAUACACCAGUGGUUUCUUCCUUAUUGAGGACAUUCCAAAUUGUUGUAUUGGCUAUGCCCAAUGCUUGUGCAGUGGCUCUGAUAGAUUUUCCCUCUUUUCUCUGCUUCAUAAUGGCUUGCUUUUCUCCCACAGACAGCUCUCUGGUCUUCAUGUUGGUUUAUCCAUUUUAACAACAAAUGUAGUUUUCACAGGCAAAACCCAGGGCUCAAACCAAGAGUAGACAUUCAGAGCUAUUAAUUGUUUAAACAAUCAAUCAACAGGGCACACCUGGGCAACGAAAAACACCUGUCACUCAUGUUCCAGUAUUUUUGAUCACUUAAAAAAUGGGUGGCUUCCCCUCACUGUAAAUAUGAAGGUGGUAUAGCAGAAGCACCCAGAAGUAUAUUUCUCAUUUCUCAUGUUCAGUAGAGAAAAUGAGCCAAGCACACAAUGCUUCAUGUUAAUAAAAAAUGAGUAUGCUUCUACUUUAAGUAAAAACUUAAAACUUAUAUAUAAUUAUAUAUAAUUAUCUAAAAAUGUAUCUGAGCACUGGCCCCUUGUCCUCUGAGCUUGGGUGAUUUUUUGCCAUUUCUACAUGCACUUGGUGAAGAUUUAACUCUUUCAGUCUCUGUAUUACUGACCCAUGAAUGAAAGAGAUUACAAGGACAUUUUCAGCUUUACACGCCCCUCAUCUAACGUUUUUUUUUUUGUUUGUUUGUUUGUUGCACUGUGAAACCUCUGAAUCGACUAAGGGGUGUGAAUGAGGCCUUCAUUUGUUUUGAUCAAAAAUGACAAAAACCCACAAAAUAUGAAACAAAAAACAUCGUCACCACAUUCAACCACCGAUAACUGCGACUAUGACACAGGGUUAUUAAUAUCUUAAAUUAAUAAAAAUGCUCAAUACUUGAAGUAUCAAGACUCAGUAAAACGAUUUCUGCGUGUACCACUCAGUCAUCCUCUGAAAUUUCUAAGUGUGUUAGGAAAUGACACAUCCUGAUCCUGACCUCUUUUUAUUCACUGAACUCUGCGACAUCAUUAAAAGCGUCAAUGUUUUUUUUUUUUUUUUUUGGAAAGAGGCAGACUCAUAAUUACAACUUUAGCCCAUUUCUUUUGAGCCUUCUGUGAUUUGUGUGUCUGUCAGGAAAUGAUGAAUAAAUCCUUAUUGAUUUAGUGAAUGAAAUGGAUUGGGAAGGAGGAAAUGAAGCGCUCGUGUAGUCAGCUGUGAUGCAGAACUCUCAUGAAGGUUUGAGGUUGGAUCUGUGGAUAACAGACAGGCGUUUUACAUGUGAUGAAUUUGUGAAUAUAUUUUAAACAGUUAAAGGACUAUUUUAACAAAAUAUCAUAUUUUCUUGUGUAUUUUUGUAAAGAUUUACAUAAUAUUGAAUAAUAUAUAAACAUACGUUUUUCUGUUUGAAAGUGAGCUGCACUUUUCAUCGACUAGGCUGUCGUGUUUUGUGGACAUAAUGCAGAUGUGGCUAUAUUUGC